CAAAUUACCAGCCAAAUCCGAAAUCUUCUUUACCUUUCUUUUUUCCUUUCUUCUCGAAUGGCAGAUCUAGUCAAUCGACCUCGAAGUGAGCUCACUGAAUUAGAACUCGCUCGCCUUGAGGAAUACGAGUUCACCGCUGGGCCUUUGAGCGUUUUACAACAGGCUGUCAAAAACCAUGACCAGGUCUUAAUCAACUGUCGCAACAAUAAAAAGCUUCUAGCCAGAGUAAAGGCUUUUGAUCGUCAUUCCAAUCUUGUUUUAGAAAACGUCAAAGAGAUGUGGACCGAGCGUAAACGAAAUGCUUCUGGAAAAAAGGGUAAAGCUGUCAACAAAGACCGCUUUAUAAGUAAAAUGUUUUUACGUGGAGAUGGUGUCGUCCUUGUCGUACGUGUCCCUUCUGCCUAAAACAUCUCUGCCUUUCUUGCUGCUCUUCCCUUCCUCUUCUUUGGUUUCUUUGGAUAGACUAUGAUGACCAUUUUUCUUAUAUCUGUUACUUUUUCUAGUUUAUUCUAGUUUUUUUUUUUAUGAAUCGAUAAAGCCUUCAUUCAUUAGAAAACGUAAUGUAUUAUCUUAAAUAAACAUUUUUGCCUUCACUUGCCUUUACUUGCUUUCUCUUACUUCUUAUGUAUUAUUGACCAACUCAUUCAACAUGUCUUCGUUUGAUAUCUUC